GGCUCUGCGUAGGAAGAGUCAUCAGCAUUGCAGCUCCAAGCAGCGGCUGUAGCUCAGUGACUACACACCCUCUUACUUCUCCUCUAUCAGACGUUGGAGGAAAGGGAAAAGACCACAAUGGCAGCAGCAUGUUCUUCCCUGGACCCCGACCUAAUGAGGGAGGUUCUCGAAUGCCCUAUCUGCCUGGAGACUUACAACCAGGAUCAACUCAGACCCAAACUCCUGCAGUGUGGGCACACUGUAUGUCGACUUUGUCUGGAGAAACUGUUGGCUAAUACCAUCAAUGGUGUCCGCUGCCCCUUCUGCAGCAAGGUCUCCAGGAUGAGCAGCAUCUCCCAGCUGGCAGAUAAUCUUACAGUACUGAAAAUUAUAGAUUGCACUUUGACUUGCAGUGCUGCCGCCGCUGCGCUAAUGUGCAAGUCCUGCGGCAACCGGCUACCGAGACAGUUCUGCUAUGACUGCACCACAGUUCUCUGUGAGGUCUGUAAAGCGGAUGGCCACCUGCACGAAGGCCAUUCAGUUCAGCCGAUAAAAGUGGCAGCUGAGCAGCGCCGUAAAGAACUGAGCGGUAGACUGGCUGCCCUCCGUGACGUUAUGGGCAAUAUUCAGAAGAAAAAGACAACACUUGAAAACAUUUCCAAGAGCUUGAGACAAAAGUACCGGGCGGUUCAGCAAGAGUAUUCUACGGCAGAGCUUCAUCUUCAGGAAGAGCUCAGCAAAUCUCGAAGGACAUUCACAGCCUCUUUGGGAGAAGUGGAAAAACUCAAUGCACAGGUUCUUGAGGAGCAGACGUAUCUUCUUAACCUCGCAGAGGUAAAAGUGGUUUCACGUUGCGAUUAUCUGACUGUACGGGUAAGACAGAGUGACAUCGCCUUAUUAAAGGAUGAUGGCGCAGGAAGUGAUGAUGAAGAGCUGGACCUCAGAAGCAGUUUACCCACACAGUUCCAGCUACAAGAGCCAACACUGGCCAGAGCAGAACACUCUAAUCCCAUAGAAGCGGGCUGUUUGACCACAAACGCUUACACAGUCAAUACAGAUGAUGAGAAAGGUGGGUUAGAAACAAUUUUGGAGUUUAAAGCAGAUGGUGCGCCCUCUGGCGCUACAGGUGGGUCUGUAAUGGUUCCAGGGGAUCUUUACCAUGAUGUUGACAUGGUUUCAGCUGUAGAUGAGAGAGUAUGUGGUUCACCGAGUAGCUUUAAGUCAAAGUCCAUGGACGCAGGUGGGGAAUCUGCGGGGGCUAAUUCCAGGCCACCAGUAUGCCAUUUUGUAAAGAAGAUGGGCUGUAAAGGAGCGCUGCCUGGAAUGUUUAAUUUACCCGUUAGCAUAUGUGUUUCACCACAAGGUGAUAUACUGGUGGCCGAUCGAGGGAACUGCCGUGUCCAGAUUUUCAAUCGUAAAGGUGUCCCGCGCGAAAUCCGACGCAAUGCAAGCAUAGACAACUUUGUUCUGAGCUUCUUUGGUGCCGACCUGCCUAACCUUAUCCCCUUAUCCAUAGCUGUGACUCCUCAAGGCCUGAUUGGUGUUACUGACAACUAUGAUAAUUCAGUUAAAGUCUACACCAUGGAUGGGCAUUAUGUGGCCUGCCAUAAAAACCAGCUGAUUAAGCCCUGGGGAAUUACUGCCAUGCCAUCAGGCCAGUUUGUGGUGUCAGACGUAGAAGGGGGAAAGCUGUGGUGCCUUGCAGUGGACCGCAAUGUAGGUGUAGUCAGCUAUAACCGAUUGUGCUCUGCAGUCCGGCCAAAGUUUGUGACAUGUGAUGCAGCAGGAACUGUGUACUUUACCCAAGGCCUGGCCCUGAACUUUGAAAAGCGCCAGAACGAGCCCCACUUCGAAGGGGGCUUCUCCAUUGGCUCAGUGGGUACCAAUGGCCAGCUGGGGAAACAGCUCAGCCACUUUUUCUCCGAAACAGAGGACUUCCGCUGCAUCACUGGCAUGUGUGUGGAUGCCAACGGUGAUUUGCUGGUCACAGACAGUGGCAGGAAAGAAAUUCUUCAGUUUCCCAAAGAAGGAGGAUUUAACAUUCUGAUCCAAGAAGGACUGACCUGUCCCGUGGGAGUGGCCACCACCCAGAAAGGACAGCUGCUAGUGCUUGAUUGUUGGGACCACUGUGUCAAAGUCUUUACAUAUGUUCAAAGGAGGCAUUCUUCAACUUCCUAGAAACACUUCUUCUCCCUAUGAACUUAAAAGAUUUAGUGGGUGUGUGUGGCUGGUCUGGUUGAAGUUUGAGAAGAGAUAACACUAUUACUUGUCUCUGUAGUGUAGCUGCAGCAAAGACUAUUUUCUUUCCCAGCUUGGUUCCCAGGUGGCUUAUUAUAUUUAUCACUAUAGCAAGUUGUCUAAGUAGAUCAUGAAAAACAAGCCAUUGGUGUUUAAGCUAUGAAGCACAAAGAGCCGACAUUCCCUUCUAUAUUAGCCUUGGUGUCCCCAUUCAAGCAUGACCGAGUGACUUACUGCAAUUUGAUUGAGAAAGAUUUGUCAGAGGGGUAGAAAAUAUUUUCAGAUUUACAUAUGAAAUAAAUAAAACCAAGGCUGUUGGCCUGCAAUGCACUUUAUUACUGACUUGUCACUAUGUCCCAUUAUUUGGUUUUGGUAGCACACUAACAAUAUUUCUACUGAAUGCAGCUGGCAGCUUUAAAAUUUACUUGACCUGGCUCUACUGGCAAAAAGUAACUAAGAAUCAGCUUUCAUUCUGUAAUAUUCUGGGGAAAUUAAAUGUUAAAUAUUUACUUCUUAUUAAAAAAAAGACUAUUUAACGAUAAAAUCAUAACCUGAUGUGGUGUGGAAUUAGAGGUACAUCUCCAGAAAAAAUCUAAUAUUGUGUAAAAGUUCGAUAUAUUUUGUCAUUCCUUUCAGAAAUUGAAAGUCAUAUAUGACAUAGAAUAAUAAAGUGAAAAUGUCAAGCCUU